GUGCAGCCAGCCGCUGGUUGGGGACGCGCGCGGGCAGGGAGCGGCGGAGAGUGGUGGUCUCCCUGCCGACCUGGACCCGGGUGAACAGCUCGGAGCUGCCUGAGUCCGCGUGCCGGCAGCACACAGAAUGUCCCUGGCUGCUUAUUGCGUCAUCUGUUGCAGAAGAAUGGGAACCUCAACUCCUCCGCCAAAAAGCAACACGUAUUGGAGAGAUGUCAGAAAUAUAAUAAAGUUUACUGGAUCACUUAUUUUAGGAGGUUCUUUAUUUAUUACAUAUGAAGUUCUGGCCUUGAAGAAGUCUUUGACAUUAGAUACUCAAGUGGUAGAAAAAGAAAAAAUGAAGUCAUAUAUAUAUGUGCACACAGUUUCUUUAGAUAAAAGAGAAAAUCACGGAAUCACCUACCAGGCAAGAAAAGAGCUUCACAAAGCAGUAAGAAAAGUAUUGGCAACAUCAGCCAGGAUAUUACGGGGUCCAUUUGCUGACACCUUUAGUACAAUUGACAUAGAAGAUCACGAAUGUGCUGUGUGGCUGCUCCUGAGGAAAAGUAAGUCCGAUGACAGAGCAGCACGACUGCAGGCUGUGCAGGAAAUGGCAGAGACCCGUCACUGGCAUGAUUACCAGUAUAGGAUAAUUGCUCAAGCCUGUGAUCUGAGAACUCUUAUUGGUCUGGCACGAAGCAAAGAUAGUGAUCUUCGUUUUUUUCUCUGCCCACCUCCUUUGCCAUCUUUAAAAGAAGAUUCUUCCGUUGAAGAAGAGCUCAGACAGUUGCUGGCUUCUUUACCUCAAACAGACCUAGAUGAGUGUAUCCAGUAUUUUACAUCUUUGGCUCUGAGUGAAAGCAGUCAAAGUCUAGCUGCUCAGAAGGGUGGUUUAUGGUGUUUUGGAGGAAAUGGACUUCCUUAUGCUGAAAGUUUUGGAGAAGUCCCUUCAGCUACAGUGGAAAUGUUCUGUUUGGAAGCUUUAGUAAAACAUUCUGAGAUACCCACACAUUGUGAUAAAAUUGAAGCAAAUGGAGGCUUACAACUACUGCAGAGGCUGUACCAACUUCACAAGGACUGUCCUAAAGUACAGAGAAAUAUAAUGCGUAUCCUUGGAAAUAUGGCUUUGAAUGAACAUCUUCAUUCUACUAUAGUUCGCUCAGGCUGGGUUUCGAUACUGGUAGAAGCAAUAAAGUCCCACCACAUUAUGGAGGCCUCACACGCCGCCAGAACCCUGGCUAAUCUAGACCGAGAGACUGUGCAAGAUAAGUACCAGGACGGCGUGUACGUGCUGCACCCCCAGUACCGCACAAGUCAGCCCAUUAAAGCAGAUGUCCUGUUUAUUCAUGGCCUUAUGGGAGCAGCAUUCAAAACGUGGCGCCAGCAGGACAAUGAUCAGAAUUUAACUGGAAAGGUUUCAGAGGAUGAAACCAAGUAUACAACAUGUUGGCCCAAGUCGUGGUUAGCAAGAGACUGUCCCGCUCUCCGAAUUAUAUCUGUGGAGUAUGACACCAGCCUUAGCGACUGGAGAGCAAGGUGCCCUAUGGAAAGAAAGUCCAUUGCAUUCAGGAGCAACGAACUUCUGAGGAAGCUCAGAGCUGCUGGUGUUGGGGAUAGGCCAAUGAUUUGGGUAUCACACAGCAUGGGAGGUCUUCUUGUCAAAAAGAUGCUGUUGGAAGCCUCUAAGAAGCCAGAAAUGAGUACUAUUAUAAACAAUACCAGAGGAAUAAUUUUUUAUAGUGUCCCUCAUCAUGGAUCCCACCUGGCUGAAUACUCUGUUAAUAUUCGUUAUCUUCUCUUUCCCUCUUUGGAAGUCAAAGAACUCAGCAAGGAUUCUCCUGCACUUAAAACACUACAGGAUGACUUUCUGGAGUUUGCAAAAGAUAGAAACUUCCAGGUGCUGAGUUUUGUAGAAACACUACCAACCUACAUUGGUAGCAUGAUUAAACUCCACGUGGUGCCCCUGGAAUCAGCAGAUCUAGGCAUUGGAGAUCUAAUUCCUGUGGAUGUUAACCAUUUGAACAUUUGUAAGCCAAAGAAAAAGGAUGCUUUUUUGUACCAACGUACCUUACAAUUCAUCCGUGACACUUUAGCCAAAGACCUGGAAAACUGACAAUUGUCUUUUUCUGUUUUCACACAUGAACACAGUGCAAGAAACGUGGUGUUCUCUCUUUUUAAGCUCUACGCAAUCAUGCAAAUGUAGUCAUUAUGGCAUUAAUGUGGCCCGGAGUACGUUGCAGGCAACAGAAUAUUGUUCUGUAAAACACAAACUCAGAAGUGUCAAUCAAAGAAAGAAGGUCUAGACUGGAUUCUUCCGAUUUAAAAAGCUUCCAUAUGUGCCAGUUUAUGUUU